GUAGGGUAUGUAAGUCUACGCCGUGUGGAGACAGACAUUCAUCGAAGUCCUUUUCUUCUUUAAUUAUAUUCAGACCAUAUGCUCACAGAAGCACAAACCAUCUGUUUCUUUCCUGUUCACUCUUUUGUUUCCGUUUCCCUUCUAUCUUGGAAGUUUCAAAUAACAAAAGUUAAUUAACAUUUGUUGGUUCUGAUUCUUAUAGGAUAUUGGCAAUCUUAGCAGAGAUUAUGUCUGAAUCUCUCCAUAUACAUAUCAAAGAAGAAGGUAACCACCAUGAGAAGGCAAAUAGGAAGGGAGAUCACUUUAAGAAUAAGGCUACUAAUCCGGAAAGCAUAGUACUCAUUGCAAACUUCAUCUUAGAGCUUCCAUCAGCUGUUUUUGACCAGUUAUCUUCUGUGCAUAAGCUCCAAUUUGCAUUACUUAGUAUGUUAAUUUCUUUCACAGUUUCGAUCAUUUCAAUCGUUGAUCUUGUUUACAAGGGUAGAAAAGAAAGAUUUACUUUGAUGAAGAGAGGGUUAAUACCUUGGUUUUACUACCCAUAUCCUAAUUUAAAACCUUUUGGAACAUUUACUGAUAUUAUAGGAUUACUUUUUGCUAUCUUUCAAUGCUUUUUUGCAACAAUAGCAUAUGCCUUUUUGUCUAGGCAUUCUGAUAAUCCUAUCAAAGUGUCUAUUUUGCCUAUAAUCUUUGCCUUUGGUUUACUAUACUCUAGACUUUCAAGAAAUUAUUAUGCACAAAGAAAUCUGAAUCCAACCCCAUUUGUAAGGAGAUUGAAUAGAGUACAGGAAUUUACUCUAGUUGAACUUGUUACUGCCACCAAUAAUUUCUCAUUAGAGAGUAAGUUGGGAGAAGGGCGUUAUGGCGAUGUUUACAAAGGAAAACUGGCAGAUGGUCGUGAAGUGGCAAUCAAGAGAGAAAUAACUCAACAGAGAAACAAAUCUGAAGAUGAACCAAGUGCUUUUGAAUCUGAAUUGACAUUCAUAUCCAGGCUUCAUCACAAACAUUUGGUUAGACUUGUUGGAUAUUGUGAAGAAAAGAAUCAAAGAUUUAUAGUUUAUGAGUACUUGAAAAAUGGAGAUUUAUAUAGCUAUUUGCAUGACGAAAACAAUAUUGACAAGGACCGUAUUAUGUUCGAUUCUUGGAAAAUGAGGAUCAAGAUUGCAUUAGAAGCUGCUAGAGGUAUUGAAUAUCUGCAUAAUUAUGCAGUACCACCAAUAAUUCAUAGAAACAUCACGUCUCUUAACAUUUUGCUUGACGGGAAUUGGACUGUAAGAAUUUGUGAUUUUGUAUUUUCAUCGGUGGUUCUUGAAACUGAAUACAGUGAUGGGCAAAAGAAGGCAGCAGCAACGGUUGGAUACACUGAUCCUGAUUACUACUGUGGUAAUGUAUUAACUGCAAAAAGUGACAUAUAUUCUCUUGGAGUGGUGUUACUAGAACUUUUGACAGGCAAGAAAGCUAUAUUUAGAGAUCAUUACGAUGGAGAUAUAUCAAGAAGCCUAGUCGAUUUUGUAGUGCCUAAAAUUUUGGCCAAUGAAUUGGUCAAGGUUUUGGAUCAUAGAAUAGGUCCACCAGAAUCUGCUAAUGAAGUAGAGGCAGUGGAAAUGAUGGCAUAUACUGCACUCCAUUGUGUAAAUUCGGAGAGGAAUAACAGGCCAAAUAUAGCGGGCGUUGUAGCUAAUCUGGAACAAGCUCUGUCUCUUAGUCAUGGUCGUAUGGAGGAUUAUCUAGCCGGGGAAGGUGAAGGACAGCAGAAUGGUGGAUCAAAUGAGACAAAGCCAAAGCUAUUAAACAAUGAAACAGAACAUCAUCAGUGAUUCAAAUGGAAGUUUAGGAAGUCGAAAAUGGAUGGGAAGAGGGUUUUGUAAUUGAAUGCCAAAAUUUAUAAGUUCUUUGAGAUUUUCUGCUUCUUGUACUUUCUUUCUGUAAAUAGAAUCCUAUUUUCUCCAGCUA